AUGGGCCUUAUUCCUUCCUUUCCUUGCAACAAUUCCUCGUUGGUCAAGCUCCUCGACUUCUCCCAUAAUCAUUACAGGGGCCGUAUUCCUAGUGGACUUAGGGCAUGUUCCAAACUAAAGGUUUUCCGGGAACGUUUUAACUCUCUCUUAGGACCCAUUCCUGAUGAUAUAUACAAUGUGACGAGGUUAGAAGAAAUCUCCAUACCUUUCAAAAAUUUUUUAGGGCCCAUUAACAGUGAUAUAGUGAACCUUGUCAAACUCACCAUCCUUAAGUUAUAUGGCAAUAAUUUUAGUGGCAAGCUCCCCGUGGAUAUCGGGAAGCUCUCCAAAUUGGAGCACCUAUUCCUUGGUGCAAACUUCUUACCAGGUUCUCUGCCCCAAUCUUUGAUGAAUUUCACAAAUCUCAUACGAUUGAUUUUACAGUUCAAUUUUCUUGAAGGAGACAUCUCUACCUUCAAUUUCUCAACUCUUCAUCAACUUACCGUAUUUGAUUUGGGGAUUAAUUACUUUUCCGGUAACUUUCUGGUUAGCCUUUUCUCAUGCAAGUCUUUAAAAGCAAUCCGACUCAGCAAAAACCAACUAAAGGGACAAAUCCCACUUCAGGUUGUUCAAUUGAAAUUCUUAUCUUUCCUUUCACUUGUUGACAAUGGGCUAACCACUAUCACAGAUGCAAUCAAGAUUUUGAUGCAUUGCAAGAUGUUGAGCAUAGUCUUGCUUGGAAGAAACUUUUUACAUGAGGCAAUUCCAGGUGAUGACACUAUCACUGGUUCUGAUGCAUUUGAAAAUCUCGAAGCUUUUGGAUCUUGGUGA